ACACUAACGAAUAAACUUAUUAGGCUAAUAUUUUAAUCGCAAUUAUACUCGUACAAUCAGUGAGGUUUACUCGAUCCAGAGGAAUACGUGUUUUUAUAUUAUAAAAAAUAUAUAUAUAUAUAUAAAAUUUAAAUAAAUACCGUCUUUAAUCACAAUAAUAUCACCAUGAGCGACAUGAUUUGCCCGACGAAGCCGUUCAAUUUCUCUUGGAUAGUUGAGAACAGGCUCGCUGGUUGCGGGCUGCCAGAAACAAAAGAGAAUCUGCAGUUUUUGAAAUGUGCCGGCAUUAAAGGCAUAAUCUCUUUGACAGAAAAUGGACUGCAAAACUUGGACCACUUUCCAGGGGAAUUCAGCGUUCUUUCAAGCAAGAUUGAAGAAUUCACCCCACCCACCAUGCAGCAAGUCCUAAAUUGUAUCGGUUUCAUAGAGAGACAAAACGAAUUAAAUGAGGCUGUAUGUGUACAUUGUCGACAUGGAUGGGGUAGAACGGGAACCAUCAUUGCGUGUUAUAUGGUAAAGCAUUUCAAGCUGACCGCUAAUGAGGCCAUGGAUAGGCUCUGGGAAAUGAGGCCCGGCUCGGUAGAAACUCGGGAGCAAGAAAACAUGGUGAUAUUGUAUGAGGAAUACUUGCUAUCUACCUCUGAAAUCACAACUGAUCCUCAGACCAAUACUAAGCUAGUUCAUGUGGAAUGAGGCCCGGCUCAGAAGAAAUUCGGGGAACAGAAAACAUUGUGAAAUGUUAUAGGAAUUUAUAGGAUUAUAUAGGAAUACUUGUUAUCUAUCUCAGACAUGACAACAGAUCUUUAGACCAGCACUGAAUAGUUCAUGUGAAAAUGAGGCCCGGCUCAGAAGACACAAGGAAACAAAAACAUGGCGAAAAUUUAUGAGGAAAACUUGCUAUCUACCAUACAGAUGACAACAGAUCUUUAGACCAACACUGAACUAAUCGAUGAAAAAUGAGGCCCGGCUCGGAAGAAACAAGGGAACAAAACAUGGCGAACAUUUAUGAGGAAUACGUGCUAUCUAACAUAGAGAUGACAACUUAUCUUUAGACCAACACUGAACUAAUCGAUGAGAAAUGAGGCCCGGCUCGGAAGAAACAAGGGAACAAAACAUGGCGAACAUUUAUGAGGUAUACGUGCUAUCUAACAUAGAGAUGAUAACUUAUCUUUAGACCAACACUGAACUCAUUUUUUGAGAAAUGAGGCUCUACCCAGAAGAAACAAGGGAACAAAAAUAUUGCAAAAUGUUACGAGGAAUACGUGCUUUCUACCUCAGAGAUGACAACUGAUCUUUAAAGCAACAGUGAACUAUUUUAUGUGAAAUGAGGCCCGGCUCAGAAAUCGGGGAUAAGAAAACUUGGUGACAUGCUACUGAACUGUUUAACCUUGCACUUUACAUAGAAAAAGCAUAAAGCUUUAGAAAUAACGUGUUAAAUAUAAUUUGAUAGACUCUAUAUUUGUUUCAAUACUCCUAAUUCCCGCAGGUUGCUUGACCAUGAGGGUUUUAAGAGGAAAACAUGUGGAUUUGUUUAAAGUGCUGCACUUAAAAUUUUCUUGAAAUUGA